AUGAGAAUGGAGACGUGGUCUACCGCUCAAAGAUCGUUUAAUACUUUGAAAAUAUUUGCCCUCUGUUAAAUAUGAAGUUAGUGAUGGUUUUGUUAGUGCAGGUUUCAAAUGGGUGUGCUUUCAAUUUUCGCUGUCACAAAUUUUGUUGAUAGAAAAUAAAGGUUGAUUCUUUUGUGAAAGUUGACUCCUCUUGACAUUGUCACCUCUUGCACCUUCCACACACCCACAAUUUUGAAAUUUAAAAAAUUGAAAUUUUUCAUUUUGUAAGGUUUGUAUCCCGGCGGUUCGUGAGGCAGUUACCUUCUGCAUCGCAAUUCCUCACAACUGUUUUCUGCAGAAAACUUUUCUGCAGAUCGACAAGAAGUCCAAUGUCAUCUCUAUCGUCGUCGUCGUCAUCACCAACUUCAUCAUCUCCAGACUCCCCUCUCAUCAACCUUUCAAACAGCAUGGUCUACAUAACGAGGAAAGUACCUUCGUCUGGUAUCAACCACCUAAUCAAAGCGGGGGUAAAGGUCAAACAGUGGGACAGUGAAGAGGUCAUACCUAGAGAUGUUCUACUUGAACAGGUGAAGGGAGUUGAUGCUCUCUUCUGUUUGCUCACAGAAAAAAUUGAUGAAGAAGUUAUAGAAGCAGCAGGUCCGAAGUUGAGUGUGGUGUCUACAAUGUCCGUUGGAUACGAACAUAUAAGCCUUGACAUCUGUCGCAAGAAAAACAUAAAAGUUGGUUUCACGCCAGAUAUAUUGACGCCAGCCACCACAGAACUGACCAUGGCGUUGUUGCUGGCCGUGUCUAGGAGGAUUGUUGAAGGUUUCAAUGCCAUCAAGGCUGGAGAGUGGCAGACAUGGAAGCCAGAAUGGAUGUUGGGUCGGGGCCUGCAGAACAGUACAGUGGGAAUUGUUGGCUACGGAAGGAUCGGCCAGGCUGUAGCUGCCUGCUUGUGGCCAUUAGGUGUAUCACGAAUCCUAUACUCUACUAGACAGGGAAUGGCAGAAUACGUCUCAUUUGAUGAACUUCUGGAGUUGUCGGAUUUUGUCAUUUGUGCAUGUUCGCUGAACAACACCACCCGGGAGAUCUUCAACAGAGAUGCAUUCUCCAAAAUGAAGAAGACUUCCAUAUUCGUGAACAUCAGCAGGGGAGGUGUGGUGCAGCAAAACGAUUUGUACUGGGCCUUGAAGAACAAGGUUAUCUGGGGUGCAGGUCUUGACGUCACAAUACCAGAGCCCCUUCCUCCUUUUCAUCCACUUCUCACUCUCCCAAACAUCGUUAUCUCUCCUCAUAUUGGGAGCGCCACUGUCGAGACUAGGUCCGACAUGUGCAUGUUCACCGCUAAGAAUAUCAUCUGCGGAUUGUUAAAUAAGCCUAUGCCUGGCAGAAUUGUUUGAUUGGUUUUUGACUGAUUAGUUAGUUGAUUGAUUGAUUGAUCGAUUGAUUGAUCGAUCGAUUGAUCACUUAAUUCAUACUUAUUUGUUCGGUAUGUUUGUUGAUUGAUGUUUUUUUGGCCAAUUGAUCUUAUUUAUUAUAUUUUUUGUUAUUUUCGCGUAGAAUAUACCUUAAGAAAAUAGUUUUCUUUUUUAUUAACCGUUCUUUGUAAAUAUUAUUGUUGAUUUUUUCCAACUAAUUACCGGUUUAAUCAGUUCUUCCCUGCAUUAUCAUUAUCAUCAGUGAUGUCGUCGCCUUUGUUGUCAGUGAUGUCGUCGUAAUUGUAGUCACAAUGUAUUUUUCCAAUCGUUUUAAGAUUUGCCGUCUUCCAAAGAUAUUUUUCACAUUUUCUUAAUUUUGAUUCACCAUUGUUUGAGUUCAUCUGGUAAGCAUUGAUUUACUUUGGUGCUUUCUUCACGUUUUUGGUUUAUGACCUUGUAUAGAUUUAUUUAUUUAUUUUAUUUAUCCAUUACAAUUCUUUCUUCAAUAUUUUUCAGAGGCACCAGCAACGAACACACAGCGCAUGUAGGUAUAGGUAGAUGCACGUGAAGCAACAACGCAUCACACACACAUUGCAUGCGGUAGGCUGGGAUGUCUUUGCGAUUGAACCCGAUCACUGCAUGCUCUUUAUCAUUACACCAUUGCCUCCCAGAUUUUAAGAUGUUUAAAAGUUUAUAGGAGCAUGUUGGUUAAUUUCUUGUGCAUGGACGCUACGUGUCUUGUCAAGGUUUGGUAGAAUAUGUGCUCCGUUUGUUUUCCUGUGGGUUUUUUAUUCAGUGUAUUUAGCAUCCAGUGAUGGAAAUCAGACUGCGACUGGGAAGGGUAAGAGUUUGUUAGAUUGAUCUAUCAUCAUCCAUACAUACAUUAUGUGCUUUAAUAGAGUACCUUAUAAGUUUUUUUUUAUUUUCGGCCUAAUGCACCAAUUGUGCGCGCAUGUAUAUGUAUGUAAGUGGAUAGUUUUAUGAAUUGAUAUUAAAGUAAACUAAAUCGUUAUUAAAUCAGAAUAAAUUUUGAUUUCGAUAAUGUUUCAUGUGAUGUACUAUAUUAACAGUCUAUAAUUCAGUUAUGUUUUUAUGUUAUUAACAGUCUAUAAUUUAGUCAUGUUGUUGUUACUAUAUUUUUGAUUACACUGUUUUGUGAUUUCGUCUUUUUAUU